UAGUGCAAGUAGGUUAGUGAAUACGCAGUAAAUUAUUAACUUUACUGAUUAAACUAGGGUGCUUUUAGAUAAUCACAUCAUGCAAUAUUUCCUCCACCACAGCUGGUGGCGUAAAGCGCGCAGUGUCGGUGCUACAAAACGAGAGAAGAAGAAACGGGGCAAACAUGGCAGCCUACACGAGAAGCGUGAUAUGCCUUGUUUCCAUGGAGCGGAGUUCUCUUCUGUCGAGGGGGAGCGCUGUGUUUGUGGAAUCGAAGCGGUACGUACGCGGACUGAGGAGGAAACCUGUCCAAGUGUUGAUGCCCGAAGACGUGACGGAUAAAGCCGCCAGGCCGCCGCCAGCAGCGCGAGACGCCCGGAGGCAGCAGCCGGGACAAGAAGUAGUUCCGAUGAACCCUCCCGAGCAGCGCUUCGCUAAAGCGAAGAGCAGUGUGCAUUUGGCUGUGAAAAACACCGUUCAAAACGAUCUGAUUGAUGGGCUUCGCUUCGAGAGAGCUCUGCCGGGAGAUAAACGACUGGCGCGGUUAGUGAGCGUUGCACGCUCAAGGACCUUUCGGGAGCACCAGGGUAAAAUCCUCCUGGAGGGCAGGCGCUUGAUCUGUGACGCCCUGGAUGCUGGAGCCAACCCACAGAUGGUGUUCUUCAGUACCGUGGAUCGACUCCGGGAGCUGCCUUUAGACAAGCUGAAAAGGGCCACGCUAGUCAAAGUCAAGUUUGAGGAAAUCAAGAUCUGGUCCGACCUUGUGGCCCCACAAGGGGUGAUCGCCAUAUUUUCUCGUCCGGACCCUUUGCGAUUGAACUUCGCUAAUGAGGAUCAUUCAGUGCCGUUGUCCUUGAUAUGCGACAACAUACGAGAUCCCGGCAACCUUGGGACUAUGUUACGAUGUGCAGCCGCUGCUGGCUGCCAUAAUGUCCUACUCACAAAAGGUUGUGUUGACGCUUGGGAGCCUAAAGUUCUGCGUGCAGCAAUGGGCGCCCAUUUCCGCCUACCCAUCUAUCCCAGCUUGGGCUGGGCUGAUGUGGAAAAACAUCUCCCUAAACUCGUGACUGUGCACGUGGCGGACAGCGGCUGCAGAGAACCGGAGAAUUCACACGUUAACGAGUCUCAGAAACCCUCCAAAGCCGGAGACUAUGGCUGGGUCAGCACGAAGCCCAAUCAAAAGAACACGCGCUACGAGGAAUACCAUUCAGAUUCUGACUCAGACUCAGAUUGUGAGGGAGGGCGACUCUCCCUUCCGAACGUGGACACCAAGCUGUACCACGAGAGCUGGGCGCAGAGCGCCACUGCCCUGGUGAUAGGCGGCGAGACGCACGGCCUGAGUGUGGAAGCAGUAGAGCUGGCUGAGCGAACCGCCGGCCGCCGGCUCUUUAUUCCAGUCGUUCCGUUUGUGGACAGCUUGAAUUCAGCUAUGGCUGCCAGUAUCCUUUUAUUUGAGGGCAGGAAGCAGCUGUUGAAACUAAUGCAGGCAUCUGGAGGGAAAUCGAAAUCUAAAGCCGGGGAGCAGCUCUCGUGAGAAGUGUGGGACUUGUGUAUAUUUAUCAAUGUCACUACAGAAUGAAUUAUUAAAAUUUCAAUUUGUCCUAAGAGUAAACCACUGGAUUUCAAUUAGUAAUUUGUGAAAUGGUCCUAUUUCAAGUUAAAUGAGUUGGCUUGUAUGCAUUCAGGAAUUAUCUUCACUAAAAUGUGAGAACUGGU